AUUUUAAACUCGCUCGAGUCUUCGAAAUUUUAUCGAAUUUCUGAAGCUUUUUCAAGUCUACUGUUACGCUUACAUUUGUUUUGGACUUUAGCCAGACUGUCAGUUCUAUAUUUUUAUAAAGUUUUGGUUUCUUAGUGUGAUAAAUCUGUGUAUAUAGUCUAUAUAAUGUGCCAAAUGUGGUAAAUGCGCCUAGCAGUAAACAGACUUGAUAUGAAAUCUGAUCCUAAUUUACCUGUAUGUCAAUGAGACGCACAUGUUUAAUAUCUGUCACCUCUGAUUGCCCUUUAACCGCCGGUCUUUGCUACUUCAAUAUAUAUUGCUUCUUCUCAGUUUCAUUCACAGCUCACUAGUCGCUGCGAGUAAUCACUGUGCUUGAUAUAAUUCAUGCUAUUUACUGUAGUUCUAUUUGCUUUUAAUGCCCGCAGCAAUCCCUACCUUGCAGGUACCCUAGUUUACUCACUGUUUUCCAUAUUUCACGUUGCCAUCCAUAUGACUCCAUGUCAGUUCCACAUUUUAAGACUCCGGCUCCGGAACUCCGACUCCGUCUUUUCCGUGUUACCAAAUGCUGCGUCAUUCCAGCGAAAGCGAAACUGCAAGAAUUCACUUUCGCUGCAAUAUAAAGGUCAAGAUUCUGAACACUAGCUUGUUUUGUCGUGUGGGAUUUUGAUAUACAAGACAUAAAAUGUCGUCCACCGCAUUGCAAAACCAUUUAAAGAACUCUGGCUACAAAAUUCAAGCAAUAGACCCCGAUAAUGCGGGCAAAUAUGAUUCUUCGAUUCCCCUUGUACUGCCAAACGAUCACGAGUAUGAUUUAAAGACGAAAAGUAUUAUAAAGAAAGCUGGUGUCCAACGAACUAGUUUGUAUCUGGUGCCAGAAGCUUUGGAGUUGCUGAGUUCUGUUACAUCACCGCUGGCUGUUCUGUCGAUAUGUGGACCAAUGCGAACGGGAAAGUCUUAUAUUUUAUCAAGGUAAGUCGUUCGGGGUCAUUUAGAUUUUCAAUAUGAAUAUAAAUACAAAUACAUAUUUAGCGUUUCAAACGAAAGCUCGUCGUCAUAUCUUUGCUAGUUUUCCCCUAUAAUUUCCGCCUAUAUAAAAACGCUUUAGAUUCAAGCUUUUUAAUUGACAGAUUCGUGCAUUUAAAUCAUAUGAUUUAAAUUCAGCUCUAGGAAAUUAGAAUUAGUACCGUGAUUAUCAUUACGCAUGCGCGAGUCCUGCGCAUGAUCGAGAAUGCUUUGGUCCGUUCUAGUUUCUACUCUUGUUAAGGCCCGGUCACACUACACAACGAUAACGAUACGAUAAAUUGUAAACACGCGAUAAUUGGCAAAAAAAUUGUGUUAGUGUCCACACAACAACGAAAAUGAUAAAAUUAUCGUUAGACGAUAACGAUAACGAUUUUUAAAUCGCUCACCUAGCGAUUUUUUUUUCAGUUGGACGAUAACGAUAAAUUUUUGACCAAUCAGCGCGCGUAUACAAGUUAUCGUAUCGUUGUGUAGUGUGACCUGGGCUUAACACUGCUUUAUUAUUUAUCAUUGUUAGACAACUUGCAUGUUAGACUAAUUUUUGAUUUAGGCAAAAAAAGUAAAUUCCCGUAAAGUGACUUAUUAAAAUCAGUAAAAUGGCAAAAUUUGGUUGUAAAAUGCAGAAAAUAUAGCCUUGCGAAAUUUGCAUAUUUUCAGUAUAUUUGUAUUACGUGCGAAAUUGUUACCAUUUUUGAGCCGAAAAUGGUAACAAUAGUUCCGCACGUAAUACAAAAUACUGAAAAUAUGCAAACUUCGCAAGGCUAUAUUUUCUGCAUUUUGCAACAUUUCGCAACCAAAUUUUGCAAAUUUACUAAUUUCAUUAUUUUCUUUUUAACUGUUGUGUUUUAUUCGCUUCUCUCUACUUAGAUUAAAAUUUAGUCCAACAUGCAAGUUGUCCAUUGAAACAGCAGUCUUCACAGUGGCGUGCUGGGUACUAUUUUUCUGGGGGGGCCAGUGGGCUGUCAACCAAUAUGCUCCCCUAUAAUAUUACACUUGAUAAACGAGGGCCGAAGGUGCAAGGUUUGUCUAGGGGUGUCCGGGGGCAUGCCCCCCCCCAGGAAAAUUUUUGAAUUUAGAGUCUCUGAAAUGCCAUUUCCUGGACUUUGGGGGACGAUUUUACAGAAAUCUGAUGGUUAGGAUACAGCAUUAUAACGUGUCGAAAUUUGCAAUUUGUACUUAAAUUAUGCAAUGCUAACCACUUGCAGCGAUUAAUCUAAUCCCAAUUCUAUUCUCUACUGAUCUAGUGAUCUGAAUACAUUUACCACUUACAGCUCUUUUAUACAAUAAUACAUGGACCGCACGCAUAUGCAUUUUAAGGUUUCCUUGCCUGGUUGCCAAAAGGGCGCGUUUCAGCAUUAUUUCAUUACUUACAUUACUCAUGAUAUUUCUUGCUCAAACAACUAAAUUGCGUACACAACUUUACAUUAUCAUAACUUCAACUAUCUAAUUUGCGCCGCUCUCGUGAAGCAUAAUAAAGGGCGUAAUAUAAGGGCAUAAUUCCCGUGAUCGCUUCCAAACCUGACCAAUGUUUCGGUAAUGAGACAUUGCGUUUGAUCACUGAUCAUGUUCCGAUAUAAAUGAUUUCGUGUGCGCCGUGAAGUAGCAAAUUAGCAAAUACGGCUUAAUAGACAAAAUAGUCUGUAAUUUAAUAUAUCACUUUGUCGUUUUCUUGGCGGGAGUAACUUUCGAAUGCGUUUUUUCCCACCCACUUUCAAAAUUCGGUGCGGGAUCAGCGCCCCCUUUUCAUUUUUGCGCCCCCCUAGAAUUGCCAGCUGGGGGGCCGUGGCCCCCCGGCCCCCCCUGCCAGCACGCCACUGAGUUUUCACAUGCAAGUGAGCUGAGAUUAGAGAGUUUAAGCAAACGACGUUUUUUGUCAUCACGGACGUUAGAUUGUCGAGGGGAACUGGAUUAAAAGUUGUGUUUGUGCCAGUUUGUGCGAAGCUUCAACACGUAUUCAUAGGACGAAAGCUAAGAUUUUUAAAGUGUUUUGCUUCCUUGCACAACGCUAUGCUGAAAAUGCCAUCAAAAUUAGUUCUACAAAUUUUUGCGUGACGUCCGUAUUGACAAAAACUGUCGCUUGCUUAUAAGCUCGAAUCUACAAUCCGGGACUGGCCUCGAAUGGCGAAUAUGCCCCGUUCCCCCAAGUCCAUAAUGAGGCAAAUAAGAAGUAGAUAAUGUGGAUAUGCAACAUUGAAGAGGGGGGUGUGGGAUAUGCAACAUUGAAGAGGGGGAGUUGAGGAUAUACAAGAUUGAAGAGGGGGAGUGGGGGGUAUGCAACAUUGAAGUGGGGGAUGUGCAACAUUAAAGAGGGGGAGUGGGGGGUAUGCAUACAAAGUCCAAGAUUUAAGAUUUUUGCAAAAGUGGAUUAACUUUUUACAUGAAUUUUGGCCUGGGGCCCAUUGUUCAAAGCUGGGUUAGCGCUAACCCUGGGUUAAAAUUUAACCCGCUGUUUUAGUUUGUGUACAUUCGCACAUCUGUUUAUUUCAAAACUUUGGAAAAUAAAACUUCUAUCGAUCCAGACAUGAAUCUUGGGAAAUUAUCUUCAUGUUUCUAAACAAGCUGUUGGAAAUUCAAGCUUUGAAAUUUAUGUUAAUUUGGGAUUAUGCCAACCAGCUUUCGAACAACCGGCCCCAAAUUUUACUGGUUUUACAUAAUUUGCAGUUAUAUAUUUUUAUUUCCUAGUACCUUUCAUGAUACGUUUCAUUUACCAAAAAUUGUUUUGGCAUGUACUUGUGUUUUAAUUUCAGAUUGUUAGGUGAAGUUGAUGCUUUUGAUCUCGGGCACACGUUUGAUCCGAAGACUUUUGGAAUAUGGAUGGGAACAAAGAUUCUUGUGGGAAAAGAUAAGAAUGGAAAAGAACAUGCCGUCCUUUUGUUGGAUACAGAAGGGAUUGGUAAGGACUAUCAGUGAAAUGAAACUAACCAGUGGAUAGCUCUAUCAGGUCAAACUGUUCUGACUAGAAGUCCAAUCAACUUCUUUUAUUGAACCAGUGUUAUUGCGAGGGGGAAAUCUGCGGAGUAGAAAUGAACAUUUUUAUCAUCAAACAACUGUAAAUUGCAGGAAUCAAACCUUGAUCUGAGAGGUGAACACAUAAGCCCGUUGCAGUUGAAUAGUUUUCGUUCUCUUCAAUGGACAACUGAUGGAAAAGUGCGCUGUUGUCAGAAAGCUAUUAUAAUUAUACUGAGUUUGUAUAUAUAGUUUGAGCGUUUAGUUUGGAGUAGUUCCUCGGGUAGAGGAGAGCUGAUCACGUGAUCGGCUAGUUGUGUUGUUUGUAGCGUAUAUAUAAUAUAUAAUAUAUAAUAUAUAAUAUAUAUACAUACAGCUAAUUCAAUAAAAGUUGUCCUUUGAAACCUUAAACUCUAAAACCGUAGGUUGCUUAGUUGAAACAAUUAAUGCUUAGUCGAAACAAUGCUUCGGUCAUUAAAUUUUGUUAACGAUCUUGUUUACUCGAAACCGGUUUUGUGACGGCACUUGCCGAAUAUUUCGCUUAAUUCUUUUAUUGAGUAACUUGUCUUUGUUUAUAGUGUCUUUCAAAAUGCAAAGUUUUUUUUCCAAACAUAAAUUACAGCGUUUCGAUCCCCCUGUGUAUAAAAUAGCGUGUUUUAAAAUUAUAUGGUAAUAAUCCUGAUUGUUUUCUUUUAAUUUCCAAAUAUGUUUCGAAAGUUCCGUUUUGUUUGAGUCUUUUUUAUGGCUUUACCAAUUCUCAGCGGCUUUACUAAUUGCAUUUUCUACUUUCUCUUUUUGUGUCCACAGAUGCUCCAGGUGCAAAUGUUUCUCAAGACGCUGGAAUCCUUGUGUUGACCAUCUUGAUUUCCUCCAUAUUGAUUUAUAACUCGCAGAAUGUUCCGUACAAGAAGGACUUAGAGAAACUGGAGUAUGUCUCAUCUGUUUUGCUUUGCAUAGAAU